AUGGUUGACUCAAAAGAUGGUGAAUAUAAAGAGAUUACAAAACUAUUACAAUUUUCAAAUUUCAAAGAAAUUGAUGAAGAUUUUCAAAAGUUUAUAAAUAAAAACCACACAUUCACAAGUGAACUCAAUUAUGAAAAAGGUUCCUCAUUAAUAUCAAUUACAACACUAACAACAAGUUGUAAAUCAAUAAAUCUUGAAUUCGAAACUCAAGAAAAACUUUUAAAAUUUAUAGAAUCAGAUAUUCAAAAUAUUACUCAUUUCAAAGAACCCAAUUUUCCCAUUUACGAAAUAUCAAAAGAUUUUAAAGUUGAUUUUAAGGAGAAUUUAAUCAAAGAUUUAACCAUAAAUAGCAUCACUAAAGAAUUUGGGAUAGAGAAAUAUCAACAUUUAAUAGAUAUAAGGUCUCAAAAAUUAUUUUUAUACAAAUCUUCAGCAGAGAUUUUAUUUUCAAAAUUAAAGCAGCAACAAAAACAACAAAAACAACAAGAACAACAACAAGAACAAGAACAAGAACAAGAACAAGAACAACAUCAGCAACAAUAUGAUGAUAUAGUAGACAAUAAUAAAUUUAAAAAAGAGAUUGAAAUUGGUGAUUUAUUUAUACUUUUACCUUUAGAUUCAAAUCAGAAAAUUAAAAUAGUUUUCAAUGGUUUAAAUAAUGAUAAUUGUAAAAUAAAAGAAGAAAAAGAAGAAAAAGAAGAGGAGAAAGAACAAGUUGAAGAAAAGAUGAAAAUGGAGAAUGAAGUUAUAGUUAUUGACGAUUAUCAAGAAAAUAAUGAUAAUGAAUAUGGAGUUUUAUUAUUUUUUAAAGUUUUUAAAGAAAAUGAAAAUAUAUUUGAAAUUAAAAAAGAAUUAAAUAAUUUAUUAUCAAAUCAACAACAACAACAACAAGAAGAAGUUGAAGACGAGGAAGAAGAAGAAGAAGAAAAUGAAAAAAAUUUAAAAUUAGUUUAUAUUUUAGAUAGUCAGGAAUCAAUUAAAUCAACAAAAGAUUUAAAAGGUAGAGAUAAAUUAAUUUAUGAGAAAUUGAAAUCAAUUUCAUUGGAAGAUUCAAUGGAAUUUUAUAUAUAUUUAGCAGAAUUAAAUUAUCAAGAAAAAGUAGAAGGAAUAUUAGUAGAAUCAUCAGGUGAUGAAAGUAGUUUAAGUAGUAUAAGUAGUGAUAGUAGUUCUGAUAUUGAUGACGAUGAUGAUGAUGACGAUGACAUUGAAGAAAAUCAAUUUGGUAAUGGUGAUAUAGGUGAAGAAAAUCAAGGUAAUAAUAAUAAUAAUAAGAAUAAGAAUAAAAAUAAAAUUAAACAAGAACAACAAAAUUAUUGUACAAGUGAUGAUGAUGAAGAUUAUGGUGAUGAUGAUGAUGGUGGUGAAUUAAAUAAUUUUUAUAAUAGUGAUUUAAUAAAACCAGAAGCGUCGAGUGAAGAUGAAGAAACUAAAAGAUAUAGAGCAAGACGUAGAAUUGAAAAGAGAACAAAAGUAAUAAAGAAAUAUAAUGAAGAAAAGAAAAAUUUAAAUUUAAAAUCAAGGCAACAACAUCAACAAUAUCAAAAACAAUUACAAUUGGAACAACAACAAAAACUUGAAAGAUUACAACAAAAACAAUUGAAAAAACAAUUGAAAAGACAAGAAAAACAACAACAAAGAAAAUUAUUAAAACAACAACAACUUCAAGGUAUAAAAAAAAGAAAACAUUUUCAAGAAAUUCAAGGUUCAAUUAAUUAUGAAAAACAUUAUUUAAAUAAUUUCAUUGAUAUAUCAAAUGAUAAAUUAAUUUCUAAUGAUCAUUAUGAAAAUAAUAGUAGUGGUAGUGGUGAUGGUGGUGGUGGUUUAAAAAUGAAUAUUAAAUUAUUUAAAGAAAUAUUACCAAUUAAUUCAUUAAAUAGAAUUAGAGCUUAUAAAAUUGAACAAAAAAAACAACAACAACAUCAAGAAGAGGAAAGAAACAAUUGUUUAAGUGAUAUUGAAAGUGAUGAUACAGAUUCUUAUCAACAAAAUAGAUUUUAUAAAACAAAUUGUUUCGUUAUAUUUAAAUCAAAUGAAACUGAAGAAAUUUUAUAUAAAUUUUGUAAUAAUGACGAUGAUGGAUCAUCUUUAAAAAAUGGUAUAAUUCAUUUCAUCGAAAAAGAAAAAUUAAAAUUAUUAUUACCAUCAUUUGAACUAAAUAAUAAUAAUCCAAAUAAUCCAAAUAAUAGUCCAAAUAAAGAAUUUGAAAUUUUAAGAUUAAUUAAAGAUUUAUUAGAAUUAUCAAGUGAAUUUUCAAUACAAAUACCAAAAGAUAUUCAACAAUUAAUUAUUGAAUGUAAAUUAAGUGAUGCAUCUAAAAAGGAAAUUGAAAUAUCAAAUAUAAAAAGAUUUAAACAACAGCCAUAUAUAUUUUUCGAUAAAAUUUCAGAUAUAAUCGAAUAUUUUGAUGAAGAAGAAAUUUAUCAAGUUUUAAAAUUAUAUCCAGAUGAUUUAAAUCUUGUUUUAAAUUUAAAGAAUAAUCAGUCAUCAUCAUCAUCGUCGUCAUCACCAUUAAAUAAAAGAAUGUAUAAUCAAAUAUUGGUAGAAUUAUAUACACAAAAGUUAUUACCAUUUCAUCAAACCCAUCCAAGUUUAGUGACAGAAAAAGUUUUAAAAUCAUUUGUAGUCGAGAAUGAAUCGAUUUUCCUUCCAUUUGAAUUGGAUGGUAUUAAUAGUGCUUAUAAUUGUGAAAUUUCAAAAACUUUAAAAAUAACAUUAAACUAUAUGGAGAAUCCAAAUAGGUUCAUUAGUACUUUAAUACCAUUGUUAGAGAGAUUAUAUAAAGAUAAACUAUUAGAAGCGAAUCCAUACUCUUUUAAUCAAAUUAUGAACUUUUAUAAGGCAAUUAUGGCAUGUUAUCCAAAGCAAUCUGAAUUUUCAACAAUCUCUGCAAAGAAGAAAACAGAUUUUCAAGAUUAUUACACUUAUUUAUUAAAUUCUGGUUUAGUUGAUCAACCAAAUGUUACUCAUCUUCAACUCUAUGAAAUUUGGACUUCUUUAGUAAUGAUGGAUGAUAUUGACCAAUCAUUUUUAAAACAAAAAGAAUUCUCUAUCUUUAUUAAUCAAAGCUAUAGUGAAGAAAUUAUCUUUAAUUUCUUAAAAUAUUUCAAAGUUGAUCAUAUUAAUGGUAAUUUCAAUUUAGAUGCUUUCACAUUUUUAUGGAAAUCUGCUGCUACUCAAGUAACUCAUUUCUUUUCUGAUUCCAUAAAUAAUUAUUAUAAAAAUUUAAAUAUUCAAAAUAAUAUUCAAAAUAAUCAAAAUAAUCAAAAUAAUCAAAAUAAUCAAAAUAAUCAAAAUAUUCAAAAUAAUCAAAAUAAUCAAAAUAUUCAAAAUAAUCAAAAUAAUAAUAAUCAAAACAAUCAAGAUAAUCAAAAUAAUCAAAAUAAUCAAAAUAAUAAUAAUCAAAACAAUCAAAAUAACAAUAAUAACCAAAACAAUCAAAAUAAUAAUAAUAAUAAUAAUAAUAAUAAUAAUAAUAAUAAUAAUAAUAAUAAUAAUAAUAAUAAUAAUAAUAAUAAUAGAUACAGUAAUAGUAAUAAAAAUAAAAAUAAAAAUAAAAAUAAUAAUAAUAGUAAUAAUAAUGAAGAUGAAUCAGAGUGUAAAGAUUAUAUUGAAUAUAAUUAUUGUUUAGAUCCAACACCAAUGUCAGAUAGAGAAUGUUAUCCAUUAAACUCUUUCCUUCAAGAUAAAAAUGAAACCUUUUUUAAAUUUAAUUGUUCUCAAACUAUUUUAAGAAAUCAAGUUUUUAAAUAUUUAUCAUCACGUUCUGAUUUGGCUGCUGCUAAAACUGGUAAAACUCCAAUUUUCAUAGAAAUUACAAAAAAACCAAUCCCAAUCAUAUCAUCAAAUAAUUCAAAGUCUAGAAAUAAUAACUAUGGUGAUAGUAAACUUAGAAAUAGUAGUAGUAGAAGUGAUAAUAAUCAAAAUAAUAAUAAUAAUAAUAAUAAUAAUAAUAAUAAUAAUAAUAAUAAUAAUAAUAAUAAUAAUAGUCCAAAUCCAAAUAAUAAUCCAAAUAAUAAUAAUCCAAAUCCAAAUAAUAAUGGUGGAAAUAAUGAUACCAAUAAUAGAAAUAGCACAAAUAGAAAUAGCAGUAAUAGAAAUAGUAGUAAUAGAAAUAGCAUUAGUAGUAAUAAUAAUAACAGUAAUAAUGGUAAUAAUAAUAAUAAUAAUAAUAAUAAUAAUAAUAAUAAUAAUAAUAAUAAUAAUAAUAAUAAUAAUAAUAAUAAUAAUAAUAAUAAUAUUAAUAAUAAUAAUAAUAAUAGCGAUAUUUUAUUAAUGUCCAAUCCCAAAUUCGAGUUUUAUUUUGAUAUGGCCAAGUUUUUAUAUGAGUUCUCAAAGAAUUUCUCAAUUCAAAAGUUCACAAAUGAUUUAGUUUCUCCCCUAUCACUUAUUUUAGAUAUUUUUAAUACGACCAAGAAGAACAAUAAUAAUAAUAAUAAUAAUAACAAUAGCAAUAAUAAUAACAAUAAUGAUAAUAAUAGCAAUAAUGAUAAUAAUAGCAAUAAUUAUAAUAAUGGCAGUAAUAAUUAUAAUAAUGACAGUAAUAAUUAUAAUAAUGGCAGUAAUAAUUAUAAUAAUAAUCCAAAUAAUAAUAAUGAUAAUAAUAGCAAUAAUUAUAAUAACAGUAGUAAUAAUUAUAAUAGUAGUAAUAAUUAUAAUAAUAAUUAUAAUAAUUAUAAUAAUAAUUAUAAUAAUAAUAAUAAUAAUAAUUAUAAUAAUAAUAAUAAUUAUAAUAAUAGUAAUUAUAGUAAUAAUAACAGCAACAAUAACUAUAAUCAUAAUCACUAUUACAAUAAUAAUAAUAAUAAUAGCUAUUAUAACAACAAUAAUGAUCAUAAUAAUAAUAAUAAAAAUAAUAACAAUAAUAACAAUAAUAAUAAUAAUAAUAAUAAUCAUAAUAAUCACAACAAUAAUAAUGGUAAUUAUAACAACAAUAACAAUGAUCAAAAUAAUCAUAUUAACAAUAGCUAUAGUAACGAUAGUAGCAAUAACAAUAAUUUUAUGAAUGAAAAAAAAUAA